AUGUCCGCCUCCGCCAGCUCUCGCGACAACACCCAUCCCUACGCCGAAGCUUCCCAGAGCCGCAGCCGCACGCCCUCCGGCCACUCGACGCCCCACGACCGCCCCGACAGCGAUGACGAGGCGAACCUGCUCGACGACGACCCGCUCGGGCCUGGCUUGCGCGAACAGGUGUCGUUCAAGCGCCGCAACAAGAGCCUGAGCAACAAUGGCCUCUCGCUCUCCGCCCUCCCCAAGCUGUUCACCUCGCGCCAAUCCACCCCCACCCAGCGCCCCUCGUCGUCGCGCGCCGAGCACCGCCGCAUUCGCAGCAAUUCCGUCCUCGACAAUCCCAACGCCCCCGCCCACGUCGACGACGAUGCGAAGGAUUCCUCUGGCGUUGACUGGUACAUCGAGGGCCCCGGCCGCCGUGUGGGUUAUGACGACCUCACAGCUAUUGAUUGGAUCUUCGAAUACGCAAAGGAGCGCCAGCGCCUGCGGUUGCUGUACGCCGGCGCGUCUGGCGUCCUGGGCCAGCUCAAGCAAAUCGGGGACGCGAGUCAGAUCUGGAUUGUGCUCAUCCUGACCGGUCUGGCGAGCGGCAUAGUCUCUGCGUGCAUCGACGUCGUGAGCGAUUGGCUGGGCGAUCUGAAGACUGGCUUCUGCCAGAACGAAGGUGGAGACGGCAAGUUCUACUUGCACAGGAACUUCUGCUGCUGGGGAUACGAGGAACUCGCGCAGUGCGCUGAUUGGCAUCCCUGGAGCAGCGCCCUUGGCGCUACCUCCAAGGCCAGCAGCUACAUAGUCGAAUACCUAUUCUUCGUGCUUUUCUCUGUUGUCUUUGCGGCAUGUGCCACCAUCUUGGUUAAAAACCAUGCCAUAUACGCCAAACAUAGUGGCAUCCCUGAGAUCAAGACCGUUUUGGGUGGUUUCGUCAUACGUUACUUCAUGGGCGGCUGGACUUUGGUCAUCAAAUCACUUGGCCUGUGUCUCUCUGUGGCUUCCGGGCUGUGGGUCGGCAAGGAAGGCCCGCUGGUCCAUGUCGCCUGCUGCUUCGCAAAUCUAUUCAUGAAGUUCUUCACGAAUCUCAACGGCAAUGAAGCACGUAAACGGGAGGUUCUCUCCGCCGCUGCCGCCGCUGGUAUUUCAGUGGCUUUCGGCGCUCCCGUCGGAGGUGUGCUCUUCAGUCUUGAGACCCUCUCCUAUUACUUCCCCGACAAGACAAUGUGGCAGAGUUUUGUUUGCGCCAUGACCGGCGCGGUGGCUCUCCACUGGUUUGAUCCCUUCCGGACAAACAAACUUGUCAUGUACCAAGUCACCUAUCACUCAGGCUGGCACGGGUUUGAGAUGGUCCCCUACGCCAUCAUCGGUGUCCUUGGUGGCCUGUACGGUGGCGUCUUGAUCAAGCUGAACCUCAAGAUAGCUGAAAGACGACGCGACAGCCCCUUUUUCAAUGGGCCGCUUCGUGAAGUGGUUGCCGUCAGCCUCGUGACGGCCUUGAUCAACUUCCCCAUCAAGUUCAUGCGCGCGCAGGCCACAGAACUGCUAUACGUGCUAUUUGCCGAGUGCCAAGAUAUCAUGGACGACCAACUCGGUCUCUGCAAGGCAGGAAAAGCCAAUACCGAAGUCAUCUCGCUUCUACUGGUCUCUGCCGUCCUUGGAGUUGUCCUUGCGGCGGUCAGUUUCGGGCUUCUACUGCCAGCCGGCAUUCUUCUUCCGUCGAUGGCCAUUGGAGCCCUCUAUGGACGCGCCAUCGGACUCAUUGUCCGAGUCAUGCACGUAUCGCACAAGAACAAAUUCCCGUUCACUGCGUGUGAGCCUGACGUACCAUGUAUAACUCCAGGCACUUACGCCAUCAUCGGUGCCGCUUCAGCCAUCGGCGGCGCGACGCGCAUGACCGUCUCCAUCGUGGUCAUCAUGUUCGAGCUGACGGGAGCGCUCACGUACGUGCUGCCCAUCAUGAUCGCCGUCAUGAUCAGCAAAUGGGUGGGCGACGCCAUCUCGCCGCGCGGCAUCUACGAAGCCUGGAUUCACUUCAACGGCUAUCCGUUCCUGGACAACCGCGACGACGACGGCUCGUCGGUCCCGGACGUGCCGGCAGCGCAGGUGAUGACGCGCAUCGAGGACCUCGUCGUCAUCACGGCGACGGGCCACACGAUCCAGAGCCUGCGCAGCCUGCUCUCGCAGCACUCGUUCCGCGGCUUCCCCAUCAUCGACAACCCGCGCGACGCGCUGCUCCUCGGCUACAUCUCGCGCACUGAGCUCGCGUACGCGCUGUCGGUGGCGACGUCGGCGCCGCGCAACCUCGGCGUCGACGCCGACGCCUUCUUCGCCCACCAGGCCCUCGCGGACCCGACGACCAGCCUCGACCUGCGCCCGUGGAUGGACCAGACGCCCAUCACGCUCAACGCCCGCGCCGGCCUGCAGCUCACCGUCAACAUGUUCUCCAAGCUCGGCCUGCGCUACGUCGUCUUCGUCGAGAAGGGCUGCCUGCGCGGCCUGCUGACGAAGAAGGACGUCUGGUUCGUGCUGAACGGCGAGGGCGGCGAGAUCAGGGAGUCGGGCAACAUCGUGGGCCGGCACAACAACACUAGUACUGGCAACUCGCUGAUGAGGGAGGAGAGGGGCUUGCUGGCUGCGGACGUGGACGAUGACGACGACGAUGAGGACGGUCACGGCCUUGGGUGA